AAGCCCCGCCCCCGCGGACCCCUUUCCCCUCAGCCCCGCCCAGGCCGCCGGGCGCGCGCGCGGGGAGGGGGGCCGAGCGGGAGGGAGGGGAGGAGAGGCUCGUGCACGCGCCCCGCGGGCUGCGGGCGCGCGAGCCGCGCGCUCCCGCCGCCCGCGUCGCCAUCUUUUCCCCCCUCCGUCUGUCUGUCUGCCGUUGGCUUUGUCCGUCUGCAGCACGGCCCCUCGGCUCUCCACCGCCGGCUCGGCCCGGAGCCGCGCGACCGUCCUCCGGGGCCCGGUCCCGGAGAGCCCCGGCCCGGCCGACCCGAGCUGCGGCCCGGGGCCCAUUGUCCGGCGGACGGUCCGUCUGUCCGGAGGCGGGGCCCAGGCACCCGGAGCGCCGCAGAACGCCGAGACACAGAAUAGCCGGGAUCCAGGCGAGUUUACUUUGCUCCGUGGGAACUGCCGCAGAGCUGGAGGUCGGGACCUUGCGUGGAGGUAGCCGCAUCUCCAGUGGGGAAACUGGGAACGGCCAGAGCACCUGGAUCUGGGAAACAUGUCCCGUCGGAAACAGACAAAUCCAAAUAAAGUUCACUGGGAUCAAGUAUUUGCUGGGCUAGAAGAGCAAGCCCGCCAGGCGAUGAUGAAAACUGAUUUUCCUGGAGACCUUGGCAGUCAGCGACCAGCUAUCCAGCAGCUCAGAGAUCAGGACUCCAGUAGCAGUGACAGUGAGGGUGAGGAAGAGGAGACCACACAAGAUGAAGUCUCUUCCCACACAUCAGAGGAAGAUGGAGGGGUGAUCAAAGUGGAGAAAGAAUUAGAAAAUGCAGAGCAGCCUGGUGGUGGGACCGAAGUGGUAGACAACAAGGCCGCGGAGAAUCUGAGUUCCGACCCCUUACUCGGACUGUGCCAGUGUCCUCUCUGCCAGCUAGACUGUGGGAGUCGCGAGCAGCUGAUUGCUCACGUGUACCAGCACACGGCGGCAGUGGUGAGCGCCAAGAGCUACAUGUGCCCUGUCUGCGGCCGGGCCCUGAGCUCGCCAGGGUCACUGGGUCGCCACCUCCUCAUCCACUCCGAGGAUCAGCGGUCCAACUGUGCCGUGUGCGGAGCCCGCUUCACCAGCCGCGCCACGUUUAACAGCGAGAAGCUUCCGGAGGUACUUAACGUGGACUGCCUGCCGCCAGCUCACAGCGAGGGCCCCUCGAGUGCAGAGGGGAAGGACGUGGCCGCCAGCCCUCUUGUGUACCCUGCUGGGGUGCUGCUGGUCUGUAACAACUGUGCCGCCUACCGGAAGCUCCUGGAAGCCCAGACCCCCAGCGUGCGCAAGUGGGCGCUGCGCCGGCAGAACGAGCCCUUGGAGGUGCGGCUGCAGCGGUUGGAGCGGGAGCGCACGGCCAAGAAGAGCCGGCGGGACAAUGAGACCCCCGAGGAGCGGGAGGUAAGGCGCAUGAGGGACCGCGAAGCCAAGCGGCUGCAGCGCAUGCAGGAGACGGACGAGCAGCGGGCACGCCGGCUGCAGCGGGACCGGGAGGCCAUGAGACUAAAGCGGGCCAACGAGACCCCGGAGAAGCGGCAGGCCCGGCUCAUCCGGGAGCGGGAGGCCAAGCGGCUCAAGCGGAGGCUGGAGAAAAUGGACAUGAUGCUUCGAGCCCAGUUUGGCCAGGACCCUUCGGCCAUGGCGGCCUUGGCAGCCGAAAUGAACUUCUUCCAGCUCCCCGUGAGCGGCGUGGAGCUGGACAGCCAGCUCCUAGUGGGCAAGAUGGCCUUCGAAGAGCAGAACAGCAGCUCUCUGCACUGAGCCACGGCCUCCUGCCCGUCCACCCGGCCCACGGGCACGCGCGCCGCCGGCCACGCGCCGUCCUGGCAGGCACGGGUCUGUGCGGGUGGCCGUGCGCGCCCCUUGCAUGUGGGAGCAGGGCGGUGGGUUCAGGAAGGAGGCGGCUGCGGGCAGCUCCGGGCCAGGGGGCGGGCACUCCGCACGGCGGGCACGGCAUGCUCGCUGGACUGUGGGGCCCCCGGGGCCCAGGGCAUUGUGAGGGCAAAUAAAUUAAUUUUCUCUUUGCUGGC